UAAAUCCAAUAAAACACCUUACAUGUGUGCCAUGCAUUUCGCACGUGCCACCUCCCCUCUCUUCAAAAAAUUUUGAAUCCUAACUUUCUUAGUUUCUCUCUCCUCCACAAAAUUAAGUGACAGUGAAAUCAACAACAACAUCAACGACAAAUCCAUUGAAAUUUGGAGGAGUAACUGCUAAGAAGUUUCCCUCAAUUUGUGUUCAUGGUUGCUUGAUUAUCUCUCUAGAAAGUUGAGGAGAGAGGAAGUUUUAGUUUUCUUUUUACAGUGAGAUUUAAAGAUGAACAAUAAUAGGAGAUCUGGGGUUUCAACUGCGCACCAUCAGAGACAGCAUUCUGAUAAUUUCUUGGAUAAUGGGUUUUGGGCUCAAUCUAAUGGAGCUCAACAGGAAUAUGGGUAUUAUGGGCAAGGAACAAGGGGAAGUAGAAAUGGGCAGAGGGGAUAUGGUAAUGGUAGUGGGGACUUUUAUACAGAGCCAUCAACGCCGCCGGUGAAUCCAUCUCGAAUUUCGAGGAAAAACAGUGAAGGCCAGAUAUCGCCGAACGAGUUCAGCCCCGGUCUUUUGGAUCUUCACUCUCAUGAUACUGAGCUUCUGACUGAGAUGCCUCCUCCUGGUCAGUACAAUGGUUCUUUUAAUCAAUCCUUUCAGGGACGAAGUUUUGACGACUUUGAAAUUCCCAAGCAGAAUGGGACUAAUAGAGUCCGUGGUAUGCAAGAGAACAAUCUUUUGAAAAGUAUUGCUGUGGAUAAGGAUAAAGCCAGUUCUGUUGCAAAAAUCAAAGUUGUGGUUCGGAAGAGGCCUCUUAACAAAAAAGAGAUGACAAAGAAUGAGGAAGACAUUAUCGAUACACUUGGCAACUCUCUAACAGUUCAUGAGACUAAAUUGAAGGUUGACCUGACUGAAUAUGUGGACAGGCAUAAUUUUGUUUUUGAUGCAGUGCUGAAUGAGGAAGUUUCAAAUGAUGAGGUCUACCAUGAAACUGUGGAGCCUAUUGUACCUAUAAUUUUUCAGCGCACAAAAGCCACGUGCUUUGCAUAUGGCCAAACAGGAAGUGGAAAGACUUAUACAAUGAAACCAUUGCCCCUUAAAGCCUCCAGAGAUAUACUACGGUUAAUGCACCACACUUACAAAAACCAGGGUUUUCAUUUGUUUGUUAGCUUCUUUGAGAUUUAUGGUGGAAAGCUUUACGAUCUACUUAAUGAGAGAAAAAAACUCUGCAUGAGAGAAGAUGGAAAACAACAAGUGUGCAUAGUAGGAUUGCAAGAAUACAAAGUGUCUGAUGUGGAGAUGAUCAAGGAGCUCAUAGAGAGAGGAAGCGCCACCAGAAGUACUGGCACUACUGGUGCGAACGAAGAGUCUUCUCGCUCACAUGCUAUACUUCAGCUUGCUAUCAAAAGAACAAUUGAAGGUGCUGAGUCGAAACCUCCUCGACUUGUUGGAAAACUUUCCUUCAUUGAUCUUGCUGGGAGUGAACGUGGUGCAGAUACCACAGAUAAUGAUAAGCAGACCAGGAUAGAAGGAGCUGAAAUCAAUAAAAGCUUGCUUGCCUUGAAGGAAUGCAUCAGAGCUCUUGACAAUGACCAAAAUCAUAUACCUUUCAGAGGGAGUAAAUUGACUGAGGUGUUGAGGGAUUCUUUUGUUGGAAAUUCAAGGACUGUAAUGAUCUCUUGCAUUUCCCCAAGCUCAGGCUCAUGUGAACAUACUCUUAACACGCUGAGAUAUGCUGACAGGGUGAAGAGCCUUUCUAAAGGAAACAAUAAUAAAAAGGAGAUUUCGCUUCCUAUUGCAAAUCUAAGGGAAUCAACAAAUUUGCCAUUGUCUGGUAGUUUACCGUAUGUGCUCAAGGAUGAAAGUAAUGAUGCUUGGCCCCAACCAGUUGAGAGAGAAGAGUAUGAUAUUCCAGAAGAUACAUAUGAUCAAUCAAAAGUUGCUUGGAAGAAAAAUGGAAAGCUUGACUCAAGUGCCUUUGCUUCUGAGGAUAAAACAAGAACUGCCAAGGGCCAGGCAAAAAGGAAAGACGUGUCCAAAGUUGAGACAAAGAACCUUGAUUCAGAUGAUGAUGAUUUGAAUGACCUUUUGCAGGAGGAAGAGGAUCUUGUCAAUGCUCACCGGAGACAAGUUGAGGAGACUAUGGAUAUUGUAAGAGAGGAGAUGAAUUUGUUGGUUGAAGCAGAUCAACCAGGGAAUCAGCUAGAUGAUUACAUCACUAGACUCAAUUCCAUUUUAUCUCAGAAGGCUUCUGGUAUUUUACAGCUGCAGACACGCUUAGCUAAUUUCCAAAGACGAUUGAAGGAUAGCAAUAUUUUAGUAUCAUCAACAGGCUAUUGAUCCCAUCCGUGUUAUUAUAUAUUGAAGAAGCUGAAUUUCAUAAACCAGCUUUCUGCAUCAUGUAACACAAUCAGUUGUUUAUCAACAAGCUUAAGUUCAGCUGCAACUAAGUUCAGAAUGAUCUUUGCUGUUGGAAAAGUCCUGCUCAUUCUCUUCGUGUAAUUGUUCCCUAUUGUGGCGAGGACUCAGGAGAGGAUAUGUUAUUUAUAGAUAUACUAAACAUGUAUUUGUAAAGCUUUCUAGUAAAAUAGCCUCUCUUGAUCAUUGUAUAUCAGUAUAUUAUUACUGGCAGCUAUGAGCUUUUUUGUGUGAUUUACAAGAUAGCUGAUGGUAUUGCAGGAUAACUUUGCAGCUAAUGGCCAUCACGGCCCUUCGUCGAUAUGGUUCAUUGUGUAUCACUACUAUGAUCAUUUUGCAUCAUUUGCUAUAUCACUUUAAUACAUGAAAUGUUUGUUCUUUAUCGA